AUGAGCAUGAGAGUUGCAAGCAACAGCAUUACAGGCAGCUUGCAAAACAUGAGCGGGAGCGAGGUCAAUGAAGCAGACCACCGCCUACUUGCGCAUCCGAAGUUUAAGAAGUGCACCGAGGCCUGCGACAAGAAAGAUAAGGAGAACUUCGAGGGUGGCGGUGCACGGCGCUACUUCGAACCGCCUGCCUUUCUGGUCCCCAUGGCGGAGCCUUCGGACGAGGUGCCCAAGCCCAGUGGCCCGACCACCGCGGCGCGCACCGUGCCGGCGCAGACCUACCGCAGGCCACGAGCCAAGGGCAAACCCAAAAAUGCCGAAGCCACUGAUUGGCUGGGCGACGCGCCCUUUGCCGGGGAGGAGGUUUUGAAACACCUCGAGACCACGGAUAACGGUGGGCCUGGUAAAAGCGCCGUGAUGUACUCGCACUUCUGGAUGCUGCGCCGGGUACAGCGCGGCUACGCCUGCUUCGACGCCUAUGCGCGCAUUGCCUUGGCAGUAGCGGCACAGCAGAUGCUGCUGGUGUGCGCUUACUACUCCCUGGGCCAUUUCAUGUCGAAGAUGGACAAAUGGCCCACGCGUGCGCAGAACCCGGGAGCCGCCUGGUUGUCGCUGGCCGCCACCGUCUUCGCAUCCACCACGCUCUUCAAAUUGGAUUUGUUCUGCGGCUGGCGCUAUCGCUAUUUGAUGAUGUUGAAUUUGAUGCUGCCCCCCUUGCUGGCAGGGCUGGCUAUCCAUUUGGGAGCUGCGCGGACCAACCACGGAAAGGGAGGCAUCCGCCCCUGCGACCAAGCCAUACCGGCCUGGCUCCCCUGGUUGCUGGCCAUUGCGGCCUGCACGGGGCACAUGUGCUGGAACAUUCUCAUCCAGCGCGUGGCUGCACCCUUGGUGGACGGUUCCAGUGGUUUGCCGCUCUCCUUCCGUUCGACGAUCUACCUGGACGUCUUCGGAUGGCACUCGCGGCAUUUCUCCGCCGCCGCUGUGGUGAACGCCGUGGACGGGGCGCAUCACUGGGAAAACGCCGAGAAGAUGCUCUACGACGCCAUGGACAAGCAACGUCCGGACAACAAGUACGUGGUCCUGGCCCACCAAGAUGCGAAGCGCAUCAGUAAGAACUUGGCGCGGGUGACGCAGCCAGAGGUGGCGUGCCACCUCACAAGGGAGGAGCAAGAUGACUUGCAGCACCUGAAAUUGACUGUGGAGGAUUACAUCCAUGAACUGGAGAGUCAGAUGUCUCUCCCCGUCCGCGAGGACCUAAAAUCGGGCGCGCCAUGCUGGUUCCAAUGCAGCUCAGCGCCGAAACCGGGGACCCGGGGACGCGGGGGAUUUUGGCUCAGCACUCGUUUCUUUCGUGCUGCUCCGUUGCUUCAUCCAAUGGCUGGCUUGGUGCCCUUGAGAAACCCGGCAUUGGAUGCGGGUGAGAUCGAAAUGAAUGUCCGAUUUCUGGACCCUGGCUUGGCAAUGGCCGUUGGCCCGGAUCGCAUUUCAACCCACUCUAUGGGGGAUUCAGUGCGCACUUUGGCGCAGUCUGCAGAGUGGCACGGGUGCGGACCUCCGGCCAGAUUGGCUUCACUUUUACUGGUAUGCCGCAACGGAGAAGAGCCUUUGACUUCUCGUCCAGCUGAGGUUCCUGUUGAUUUCAUGCCUUUGCCCGACCGACCACAGCCAUCCGAAGAUCAGCUUCGCAAGGUUCAUCAUCAUGUGGAGUCCUUAGUUCUGAAGGCUACGGACAUGCUGGAAGGCAUUGGCUUCAACAACCGUGAUGCCCUCAAUGAAGCGGAGACCCUGUUUUGGUCCGACAUUCGCGACUUCACUGUGGCCGAUGUUCAAGCCUUGAAGAAGCGCCGCGUCGACCGUGCUGCAUCAACCGUGGAACAGAUGACCGAAAGGGACUGA